AUGGGAGAGGACGGAUCACGGCAAGGAUGGCCGCUCAGCCAGAAAAUUCAGCCCCGUGGUCGUUAUCUGGAUGGCGGUGGACGGUUGCGAGGUCCUCGUGUUCUGACUCUUUGGCGCGAGAAUGGACAGCAGGACUUUGGUUUCACUUUACGGCAUUUCAUUGUCUAUCCUCCAGAAGAGUGCAUCGACGAAACAGACAACAGUGAUAUCGCACAACCCAUGGAUACGGUGUUCGUGAAAGCAGUUCGUCCAGGCACUCCCGCAUCUAGGGCAGGAUUACGCACCGGCGACCGGUUGGUCGGCGUGCAGGGCAUGCCGGUCGGCGGAUCGACGGCCGAGGGUGGGCUGACUUACGCACGAGCCGUCCGUGUUAUACACGGAGCCAGGGAUAGCCUCGAAUUGCAGGUCGUACCACAGGAAUACGACCUAUUGCAACAGUACUACCACGCGCACGCACCCGAAACGAAUCAACGACCGAAUCUACAAACAUCACCGGCUAUGGUUCCUGAAUCUGCUCGGCAGCAUAGAACGAACGGUGCUGCAAAUCCAACGUGGCCAAAUGCCACACAGUCAAUGCAACAAGCUUACCCACAAGAAAAAGCCAGAGUACCUGCUUGGGACCAACAUGACCAGCAACGACAACUUCAGCAGGCCAGGCGGCAUGUCGAACAAUUAGUGUACGGAAAGCAGCAACAACAAAUGCAGCAACAAUUACAACAGCAGCAACAGCAACAGCAACAGCAUAUGCAACAAUUACAACAACAACAACAACACCAUAGGCCUUAUACCCCAUCACGACUGGGCCCUGUUCCUUAUGGAGCUCAUGUAAUGCAACAAAAUAGCUCGCCGCUGCUGAAUAAUUCAUACGGCUCGCAUGCGUUAUACCAGCAACCGACGGAGCAGGCGUACGAACCUACUCAGUAUGCAUCCAGAUUGUUAGAUCACUAUGAACCAGUAUCCCGAUGUCAGCCUUAUUCAGGAAGUCCAGUUAAACAGCAACAAAGUUCUGCACUAAUGUGCAGACCCUACCCCGCACCAUGGACGUCGAAUUUUCCGGAAACCCAUCUUUCUUAUCGGCCGAUCAGGACGUCUUUGAUGGUAAACGCUCCACCUCCUGCAUGCAGCUAUUCGCCGAUUAUGGCUCACGAGGCCCGCCGCGAAAGCAGCGCCUCUCUCGCCUCUUCAUCGAACACAGACGCCAAUAGUUUGAGCUCGUAUGAUUCGCUUUCUACUGUCACUAAUCGCAGUGGUGGAGGCGAACCGGAGGAUUCACCUAUGAUGAAUAGGCUACGGAAAAGCUUUGAACAGAAGGAAGAAUUUCUUAGGAGGCCAAGCCAACCUAUACAAUAUUUACCUUCGACUCAAGAGUCGUCGAUUUCGAUGAAUGGCAGUAUCACGAGAAAAUCAGACGAAAGUGUGAUACAACAGAAAGAAUUCUAUGCACGUCCUCAGAAAUUGAGGCACACAAUUUGGCCACCCUUCGAUGAUGUUGCUGGCAGUGCAUCUGCAACGCACUCAGAAACUCCGUUGACCAGAAACGGAUCCAUCAGGAGUUCUUCAGGAACAACUGCUGCCGGACAGCAACCUUCAGUCGUCAGCCCCGUUUCGACCAAAAUGCGAGAACUUGGUGUUGUUGAUAGUCAAAACGCUAGUACAGCUGACAUUGAAGAAAAUGAUAAAAGUGCCUUCAUCGGACUCCAAACAGUAUCUACAUUAUCCCGUCAAUUUGAGUCAGGCCGACCUUUGUCUCCAGAAGGUAUUCCAGAAGAUCGCACGAGUUUAUAUAGAAGUGAAUUGAGCAGGUUAAGCUGGGAGAAAGCUGUACCCCAUGUAUCAGUACGAAGGAAAGAGUUUGAAUCAAGGGCGAAAGAAUAUGAACGUGAAGGACGAAGGCGCGAAAGUCGGUCUGUGGAAAGCUCAGCCAAAAAAGCCGUACGUCCUUCUGGAUUGAGCGGAAAUAGAGUUGUUUUAAUGGGUGUAACCAUUCGUCAGAGCAAGACCCCGAUACCUGAGAUAAUUAUUCCUGAUAGAGAGAGUCCUAUGGAAGCUGUACAAAUGCGUGUACGUUCCCAUUCAGCUGAAUCUCAGACGACGACAGAGUCGAGGCGAUCACAUCGAAUACGCCCUGAGUCAUAUAUAGCUGCCCAAAAGGAACCUGCAGUCAUUAAUGACAAUGAAUUAUUGUCAAAAACAGUGGCAUCAAGUGCAUCAUCGGAAGCCAUUUAUGAGACAAUACCUUCAGAAGGUAAUAGCACGCCUCCAGUAAAACCUCCACGUAUGAGGGAUUUAAUGAAAAUGAACGUUGAACCGACAGAAGAACUUUUGGAAAGGCCUAUGUCUGCUCCUCCCAGACCUACUCACCUGCCAUUAGACUCGACAUCUAUUGAUAGAGAUAUGACCAAUGAGGCUGCGAUAAAUGGUGUCGUGAGAAGGAAAAAGGUUCACAGUGUUGCUGUUGAUGAUAGUACUAUGGAUUACCACAAUAAAGAACGUGAUCUAGACCCUGACAUUAUGCGUGAUCCUCAAGUUCAACAACUACAAAGCGCCCAUCGACGUUGGCGACCUCCAUUGUUUCCAGGAGACAUUCAGCUACUACGAAGAUUAUUCGAAGAGCACCAGGCUGCCCAGGAACAACAUAAUAGAGAACGUGCUUUAACUAGGAGUGGAGAAAAUGCGAUCAAAGCUGUGGAUAAAGAAGGUCCUCUCUCGAUCAAGAUCAUCACGCUAGAUAAAAAGAGAACACAUGGAAGAUCAUGGCGAACAAUGUGGGUGCAGAUUCAAGGCUCGAAGCUCUUCUUCUAUCAGAAAGGCAGCCACCAGACGCCCGAAUCGUUCCCACCACUCGAGUUGAGUUCUGCUUCCGUGGACGUAGCAGCAGAUUAUACAAAGCGAAGACAUGUACUACGAUUUGCAGCACCAGGAGCAGAGCUGCUGCUGCAGGCGGAAGGGCCGGCUGAUAUGCGGCACUGGUUACGAGCGAUGCACGAUGCUGGUGCGAAAGUUAGCGCUAGCACAGAAGGUCUCGAUGAGGUUGGAACUGAAGGAAGUGGUUCGCAGCAGGCCGAACCGCAAACAGCUCCUGCUUCGACAUCAGUGCCUCAUAAACCAUCAAGAAAAUUCCCACAGUUCAGGAGUCGUUCGCCUACUGGUCAAUCCCCUGUCAACAAAACGCGUAAAGCAACUUUGCCCGCAAACUCUUUAAUUGAGCAGCCAUCCAAUAAUCAACAACAGCAACCUCAAGCAAACCAGCUGCCGCAACCAGUGCCCCAACAGCAACAAACGCAAGGGGGGAGCCCAAAAAGUAAAACAUGGAAAGGACGAGUCGCCCGCCAAUUAAGACGAAUGCAAGGAGCAGCCGUGGGAGGCUCAGGUGGCCAAAGCCCCACAUCACCAGGGCCGGACAGUGGACGGUGUAUAGGCGUGCCUAUUGAGCUUUGCCCACCUAGUGCUGAUAACCCAUUUGUUCCUCGUCUGGUCGAUUUCUGUACGAGCGUCGUAGAAGCUCGAGGAUUAGAUGUCAUGGGUAUUUAUCGUGUGCCCGGCAACACAGCAGCCGUUCAGGCACUCACAAACAUGGCCAGCAGAGGGCUUACUGAAGAGGAUAUGCAGGACCCUCGAUGGAACGACGUCAACGUAAUAAGUUCGUUGCUGAAAUCAUUCUUCAGGAGACUGCCCGAUUCGUUGCUAACCGCUAAUUUGUACCCAUUACUGAUAGCCGCAGAUAAAUCAGUUGGACAAACUGAACGUUUGGUUUCUUUGCGAUUGCUGCUACGCAAACUGCCUCCACACCAUUAUGAAACCCUACGUCAUUUAAUGCUACAUUUGAGAAGAGUGGUUUGCAAUAGUUCUGUUAACAAAAUGGAAGCCCGUAAUUUGGCUAUUGUUUUUGGACCAACGCUAGUUAAGGCGAAUGAAGACAGCUUGGCCACAAUGGUUAAUGACAUGAGUCACCAGUGCCGAAUAGUUGAAAGUGUACUCAAUUAUGUUGAUUGGUUUUUCAGCCCUCCAGAAAGCAACGAACUUCCUGAAUUAAUUCCUGAAGUGACAACUGAUGCGCCUGUUACGCAAACGCCACCUGCAAAAACUUUGCUAUUAGAAAAUGUUACAAAAGUGGAAGCUGCGGCCAAGAAACGGCAGAAAGUUUUAGGCAGGACUAAGACAGCGCCAAUACCUAGCGUCCACACGGAAAAUCAAUCUUUUGGCGAAAUGAGCGUAAGCGGCGAUGGAAAAAUUCAACGAAGCGACGACCUGAAUAGUUUCAGAGAAAUUUCAAAUUCUGAAAGAUUGAACUCUGCUUGUUCGUUGACCAGGGUGACAACGACAAGUACUCAUAGCUCAUCUAGUCACAGCAGCAGUACAUAUCACGAGGAAAGCAACAGCUUAAUUCAGGAUGAUAAAUCUCAAGACAGUACGGAAAACAGGAAGAGUUUGGAGUUGAAUAGUGGAUGUUCUGAUAUGGUGUCCGACAUUCAGUCAACAUUCGAUCGCCUCUUAAACUCGCCGACAUGUUUAAAUCCACUUUCUGGUCCUGAUAACAUACCUUACGCAGAUGAAAGUCCAGAAAAACCUCACGGCUCACCGAGCCGACUUCGUGAUCCUAGUUGGCAUAGACGUUUCAGAAGCUCCUCCCAUGGGCAGCAUAAUCAGCAACCUUUAAAUACCUCUCUCAUCUAUGACCAGGAACAUAUAGAUCACCCAAAUCAAAAUAAAAUUCAUGAUCGUGAUAUCGUAGACUAUGCUUCUACAAGUUCGACCAUCUCCAGCCAACAAUCCUGCCACAGUGUCAGCACCCAAAGUUGUGAGAGCAAUGAUACUAUGGAUAGCUUAAGAUCAGAUCAAUCAGACUUAAAAGAAAAUGAUGAUCAUCAAAAUUUACACGACGUAUCCUCACAAAGCAUAUCAGGAUCGGAAUCUGCAACCAGUACUAAUAAAAGCAAAGAUUAUAAAAACGUUUACACAGGGAAUUUUUUAUUAAAAUCUCAAAGCAACUCUAUGAUACCUGUGAAUGUGGUCAAGCCCUUAAAUACUAACAAUACUACUUCUGACGCUAAUACUUUAUCAUAUAAUGUUUCUAAGCAAUCUACGGUCCAAGAGAACAUAUCAAAUCAGGACAGACCAACCGAAGGACCAGAAUCUAACAUAAAUCUUAAUAUAACUUCAAAUCAAGCGGGCACUUCUUUAACUUUAACAUCUGAAGGAUUAUACAAUGAUAAAUCUACAACAGUUUCAGUUAAGCCAGGGUCUUUAUUUCGUUCAGAAAGUUUGAACAAACAUGAUAGAACUCAAUCACCCAUAAACAAACUAAAAAGAUCAGAGAGUCUUAAUAAAAAGGAUGAUAUAAAACUAAAGCGAUCAGAAAGCCUUUCCAAGUCUGAAAAGACUCAAACCAAUUAUAAAACCAGAGAAAUGACACUUUCUAGUAAAAAUUGUGGUAAAAAAGAUACUAAAUUGAAGAGAAAGAAUGGUAGUCAAAAUAGAAGUAUAAAACGUAGACAUACUGUUGGAGGAACUAAGGACUAUGUAACUUCUCAAGAAUCAGAAGCUAGAAAAGAACAGGUGCGAACUAGUUCUCCUGACUUAAAUUUAGGAACUUGCGCCCGUGACAGUUUUUUACUGGAAGUACGAAUGAGAACUCCAAGUAACAUGAUUGCAGAAAUUCGAGUAAGUCAUAACUUCCUCGAGUCACAUAUAUAAACACAUUCUGUCUGCAAAUCUAAAUACUUUCUCUUUUCGAAUGAAGAGUAUUAAAUAAAGGGUUUCAUAAAUAUUUUUUGUGUCAAUGUGAUAUCAUCGUGUAUAUUUAAAUGUAAGAGAACGUAAUAUAGCUUAUGAAAACACAAAACACCAAACCAUUGUUAACAAUUUUUGAAAACAUGUCAAUUAUUUAUUGUUGCUUAAAUGUAAUUGCUAAAUAUUAUGCAUAUCUUUCUAACAUC